UAAAGAUAGGGAACUCUUGUGUUUCAUCAGAUACAGGAUGGAUUCUCAGUAUGGGCCUGUUACUCUGGGUAUACUGGCAGGUGUAGGCUGUGGGCUCUGGCUCGGAUGGCACUUCAGUGGGUGUUUUGGCAGAUCGUCCCACAGCAUGAUGGCAGCUUUAGGAAAGAGUGAAGCCAGCGUGAUGGGUGAGAGCGGGGAGUUCAAAAUGAUCCUGGUGGUCCGAACCGAUCUAAAGAUGGGCAAAGGUAAAGUGGCGGCCCAGUGCUCCCACGCUGCUGUGUCUGCUUAUAAGCAGGUCCAGCGCAGAAACCCAGAGCUCCUGAAACAGUGGGAGUACUGUGGUCAGCCCAAAGUGGUGGUCAAGGCUCCAGACGAGGACUGUCUGCUGGAGCUGCUGUCCCAUGCCAAAGAAGUCGGACUGCCGGUCAGUUUAAUCCAAGAUGCUGGAAGAACCCAAAUUGCACCAGGGUCUCGGACGGUUCUUGGCGUGGGACCAGGACCUGCUGAUCUUGUUGAUAAAGUGACUGGACACCUAAAAUUGUAUUAAGAUGGGACUUAACUGGGGCAGUUUGACCAAUAAUUAUCAUUUUUAUACAACCAGGAAGAGUGAAGUUGAAUUAAAAUGGUUUAAAAGACA